AUGGCGCCUACAAAGAUGCCUUUACGGGCUGAUGAAGAGCAGGGCAAGAAGGAUGAUGAUCACCGAAUGUCCGACCCAACGCGAUUCCGUCCCCUUCAAAAGUCGAGAAUUCCUCGUCCCCGACGUCUUAUAGCAGUGCUGGUUACACUUUUUCUUCUUUAUGAGUUUUUCAAGCACAUGCCCACAGACUUAGCACCCGCGGCCGAACGAUACAAUCCGAAGAUCGCGGCGCUUAAACACCAGAACCCCACACCUCUAGAAUCGGUACAGUCGCCCACGCCGCCAAAGGUCCAUAUAUCACCAGAGAUAAACAUAGACCACAAGGAACAAGCGGAACGGGCUUACGAUGGAAAGAUCCAUUUCUACGAACUGGCCCAAUCGCUCCCUCGCAAACCACGGCCUGCGACGUUGGCUAGCGAGGUAGUAUUAUUUGCCGCAGCCAGUCUUCAUAGUGUGUCAGAUAUGCUGCCACUAGCCUGCAGGAUGGCUUCCAAGCGGUUGACUCACGUACAUUUUGUCUUGAUGGGGAAGGAGGAGGUGUCGAUUGAUGGCAUUAAACAGGUGAACGGGAUUCGCGACCCCGAAUGCCCAAUAACCUGGCAUGACAGCCGACCAGACCGUGCACCCGACUCUACGCAUGCCCGUCUAGAAAUGUCGGUGGCAGGAGGGUUUGAGAUCCUCCAAGCGUUCAUCGCCCCGGAAGUUAUCAUCACGCAAAGUCGAGACUGGGAAGAAUCUUUUUUCUGGAAUGGUCUUCAAACACAUAAGAAGGCGUCGGACACUCCUCAUAUUGCACUUCCUGCCCCUUCGAUCAAUCUCAUGUGGAUGGCGCAUAUUGAGAGCACCGCUCUUCGAGCCUGGAACGAUGUCCAUGUCGAUAUGUUAGUCCAUGCUUCUGAAUCAUCAAGCUCCCUAAUUCGACUAAUACGGUCAUUGGAUGCUGCCGAUUAUCUGGGUACUGAGCCCAGCUUGACUAUCGAGCUACCUCCCUGGACCGACACUGAUUUGCUAGAAAGCUUGCAAAAUCUGGAUGGGUUGUCUCAAUUGAAAGGACGCAUCACCCUGCGGCGACGCAUCCAACCCCACGACAUGGACCCGGUCGAGUCUUCCCUUCGCACUGUGGAAAGCUUUUACCCUCUAAACCCGAGAGUGUCACACUUACUCAUGUUGUCUCCCCAGACGGAGCUGGCCCCGUCAUUCUAUCAUUAUCUUAAAUAUAGCAUACUGUUUUACAAGCAGUCUGCUCGUGCACAACAAGGGGCAUCGAGACUCUUAGGCAUUUCACUAGAACUGCCAUCUGUGAAGCCAACUUCCGAGAGCGAGUCAUUCACUCCACCAGUGCAGCGGUCUUCUGAUUCGACUCGAGAUCCCAAGCAAGAAAACAUUCCAUCUUUCCUCUGGCAGAUGCCUAACAGCAAUGCGGCACUCUACUUCGGAGACAAAUGGGCCGAGUUGCACUCGUUUGUUUCUAGUCGUUUGGCUAUCCCAGAGGCAACUGCCGGUAUUGCCUCGCGAGACAAGCUCAUCUCCACUAAAUAUCCCGCCUUUAUGGAAUAUCUACUGGAGAUGAUAAGAGCCAAAGGAUACUAUAUGAUUUAUCCCUCAUUUCCCGGACGUACGGCCUCACCUCUGGCCACAGUACAUACGGACUUGUAUCAUCCUCCAGAGGAGUUCGCGCAUGGAGCAGACCCCAAACAGCCCAACGGUAUUGGAGGACUGUCGGCAGAAAAUCCGCUUGACCGUGCGCAUACCAUCAUGCCUCUGCUCGACACGUUCGAACUCGGGCAGUCUCUCCUUGAGUCGGUUCCUUUGCUGUCCUAUGAUGCAGAGCGGUUAACAGAAGAAAUGUUUCUGAAGCAGACCAUGGACUAUGCCAAAGAAUUCAGGACUCGAUAUGGAACUUGUUCUCACGGUGAAGACUUUGGCGAUGACCCUUCUGCACAUCUGUUCUGUCUCAAUGUAUGA